CAUUGUUGUCUGCAUUUGGUAUUUGGUAGACUCCAAAAAAAAAUUGCACAAAAAUUAUGAACUAUCAAAAAGGACCCGAAUCCAUUUGGAUAUAGAUGAAAUCAUAAUCUUACCUUAAAAGGAGUUUUCCCCUUUAUUAACCCGCGUUUGAAAAGUUUCCUUUACGCAAAAGCAAGAAAAAUAACAAAUUGGCUCAUAGCACACGGAUACAAAAUCAAAGACACCAUUCCACGCGCUUCCGUCCGUAGUUUUACAGUGUCAACAUUUCUUUCCAUUACGAACUUUCCUCUUCUUGCCACUUACAACCAAACACACCCCACGCGCUACUAUUCUACUCCAUCAUUUUAAACUCCAUUGACUCCCAAGUCUUUCUUCUACUUCUUCUCUCCACUUUCAUAACCAAUUUUAUAAUUAAUUUUUCACAUCAUUUUUUUUUCUCUUGAAUAAAAAAAAAAUGAACAAUUUAUUCACCAAUUCAUUCUCUCGCUUCCACAGCGAAGAAGCCACGCCGGAUCGUCACCACGUCAUCGAGAUGACAGACGGCGGAAGUCCGGGAACCGGAGCUAGAGUAAACCUCGACAAAUUCUUCGACGACGUCGAAGGCGUAAAAGACGAUCUAAAAGAGCUCGAAGGAAUUUCACAAAAACUAAACAAGAGUCACGAACAGAGCAAAACGGUUCACGAUGCUAAGGGAGUGAAGGAGUUACGUUCUCGUAUGGAUGACGACGUUUCGGUGGCUUUGAAGAAAGCGAAGAUGGUGAAGCUGAAAUUGGAGGCUCUGGAACGAUCUAAUGCUGCGAACCGGAAUUUGCCAGGGUGUGGACCCGGUUCGUCUUCGGACCGAACGAGAAGUUCUGUGGUCAACGGUUUGAAGAAGAAACUUAGGGAUUCUAUGGAGACUUUUAACCGGCUCCGUGAACUUAUCUCGUCGGAAUAUAGAGAGACUGUUCAACGACGUUACUUCACCGUUACCGGCGAGAAUCCCGAUGAUAAGACGCUUGAUCUAUUGAUCUCCACUGGUGAGAGUGAGACCUUUCUUCAGAAAGCAAUUCAAGAACAAGGCAGGGGGCAAAUUAUUGACACCAUUAAUGAGAUUCAAGAGAGGCAUGAUGCUGUGAAAGAGUUGGAGAAGAAUUUACUGGCAUUGCACCAAGUGUUUCUCGACAUGACAGUAUUGGUACAAUUUCAAGGUGAGCAGUUGGAUGAUAUUGAGAGCCAUGUGGCAAGGGCGAGCUCUUUUGUGCAUACCGGAGCUGAGCAUUUAGAGACGGCAAGGAAGCACCAGAGAAACACAAGGAAAUGGACCUUUUAUCUUAUUAUACUUAUUCUGAUCAUUGUUUUGGUUAUUGUUCUCGUCGUUGUGAAACCGUGGCAACAUAAUGGUGGCGGUGGGAAUAGUCAGCCUGCUCCAGCACAGACAACUCCAUCUCCUCCUUCUCCUCCGGCUUCUACUUAACUCUUAGGGAUUAAGAAUGUCUUUCUGUCUAUAGAUUGCUAUGAAUAUUGGUUUCAUUAUGUUUUUAGGAUCUUGGAAGGGUGUGACUGACAUGGAAAGGUUGGAUAAUGAAUUUGGAUAUGUAAUCUGGAAAGGAAAUGGAUGUUGGAUCUGUUGAGGCGGUUAAUUUUUUGGAAGUCAUUAUUUUGGAUAUCAUUAUUUUUCUGUAAGUAUCAUGUUUGGUCUGAAUUUUUUAUUAGUUGGUUUACUUGCUGACUGAUAUUUUCAUUGAAUCUUUCCUUAGUA